AUGUCGUUGUCAUCAGGUUCAGCUGCCAAAUCCCCAACCCAGCACCCACAUAGACACAGCUAUACACCUCAAAGCAAUGCCUCUCAAAAGAAACAUGAGGAUCUUCAGCGUCGAACAUCAUUUCACGCGGCACAGAUGAUGAAUGCGGCCAGUAUGAUCAUGCCACAACGCGACCAUAAUCAAUUCUUUAUGCAUCCCAACAGCUCGUUGGGUCAACCUGACGUCUUGCACGGUUUUGUGCCUUGGCAAUCUUAUAAUCCUCAGACGAAUCCAUCCUCUAUGUUAGCUGAUGCUUACGGGGCAACGCAUGGCCAGCCUCAACCAGCUGCUGCCAAUUUGGACUGGCACAACGGCCUGGCAGCCUCGAUGCUUAUUGACCCACGCACGCAUCCAGCUGCUCUCCCUUCCACUCUAGUACAGCCGCAGCCGUCCUACAUGGAUAUGUACCAUGUAUCACCUCCUCAACUUACUCAAAAAAUGAACCAGCUUCAUCUUCAGAGUCAACAACAGGAGCAAGUCGCCGUUCAGCGAAGACUACUCAUGUCACAGUUCCAGCAAGCACAGGAACAACGACUUCUAGCGGAUCACCAAAACACAAGCAUGUAUUUACCACACAGCGGGCUCAUGAUGAAUGAUGCUCAAUUAAACCAAAGUAUUGUUGAUCCAAACCCUGAUGGUUUCUAUUUAAACUCGCGCGUACCAGUCUCAAAUGGCAAAACUGCUGGUCCCGAUGAAACGUUUAUUUCCUUCAUGUCAACGCCUGAAGGAAAAAAUCAAAUUUAUGAAAGUAAUACUUCGCCUAACACCUCUACUUUGGAAAAGACCUCGAACGAAUCUUCCUCCCCAACUGAGUCAACCAAUUUGCGUACUGGUGUGAGGUCAAGGCCUGUCUCUUUUACUAGCCGCGAUUUACGACAAGAAAGCAUUGGUUCUCCUAUCAACCAUACGUCUCCACAGGCAGAACUUCGACUUCCCUCUGCUUUGCGGCGCGGAGAAGAUGCACAUGAAUCAUCUGUGGAACGGCGGAGAAAUCUCACUCCCUCAAUAGUUAUUGAUGAAGUCAACCUGGAGCCCUCCGAUGAUGCAUUAACGCGUAAAGCCAAUUCUGUUGGUAUGCGCAUGGGGCCGCGCACUGCCACAGUCGUUCACGAAAUACAGGUCUCCCCACAAGACUCAAUUUAUUUGGGCAAUAACAGCGAGAAGAUAAGUUCUGUGCGGGGAUCUGAUUCAAGUCGUCCUAGCAGUGCUCAAGGCGUGCACCCCCCGCCUCUUAUCCAGCCACGGAGGCAACCUCGCGGGCCGCCGAUGGAUGCAUUCUUUGCUAAUAACUUUUUGGCUAGAAGGUCACUACGGACUCGACGCGAGGCUAUGUCAAAACUCUGUGCAAGUCCUCGAGCACCUGCAUUCAAUAUGUCUCGUUCAAGUGGCGUCUCGACAUCUUCACCUUUGGCGAGCAAAAAAUGA